AAGAAUACUUUUAAACAUAAAAGUUGAGGUUCAAACCUGUAUGUCAGGGCUGACGUACAUGUUGGGAGAUGUAGUUCCAGUCUGUUUAUAUGUAGUUGGAUUAACACAAAGUCGAGUGUCCUUUAUUUAACCACCAAUAGAACAUCUCUGUUGUGUUUGUCUUUCAGACCGCCUGCAGGAUUAUUUUAGAAAAGAAGAGGGUUUCUCUGAUCAGCAGCUCUGUGGACAGGAGAGGAAUUCCAGUUUGGACCAAGAGGAACCAGAACCUCUGCAGAUCAAUGAAGAGCAGCAAGAACCAGAACAUCCCUGGACAAAAGGGAAAACCAUGGAACUCCCCAUAAGUGAGCAGGAAGAGACAGAUACAGGAGGGAAACCUUUCUCAUGUUUGACAUGUGGAGAACACUUAAAAAAAAAAAAACAUUUAAUGGAUCACAUGAGAACUCACAAAGGUCAGAAGGCUUUUGAAUGUCUGUCAUGUGGAAAAAGCUUCACUCAGAAAUCCAGUCUUGUUUCACACAUCAGAAUUCACACAAACGAGAAGCCCUUUUCCUGUACCAUUUGUAACAAGAGUUUUACCAAAAAGAGUACUUUAAAUUCUCACAAGAGAAUUCACACAGGUGAGAAACCUUUUGAAUGUCUGUCCUGUGGAAAAAGCUUUACUUAUAAAUCUCAUCUUUAUAGUCACACCAGAAUUCACACCGGUGAGAAAGCUUUUCCAUGUACCAUUUGUAACAAGAAUUUAACUGACAAGCAUAAUUUGACUUCUCACAUGACAAUUCAUACAGGUGAGAAGCCUUUUUCCUGCACAAUAUGUGGCAAAAGUUUUACUGUAAAAGGUAGUUUGAUGGAUCAUAUGAGAGUUCACUCAGGUGAGAAGCCUUUUGAAUGUCUGUCUUGUGGAAAAAGCUUCCCUUACAAAAGCAGUCUUACUACUCACAUGAAAUUUCACGCAGGCGAGAAGCCCUUUUCCUGCACAAUUUGUGGCAAACGUUUUACUCUAAAAGGUAGUUUGAUGGAUCAUAUGAGAGUUCACUCAGGUGAGAAGCCUUUUGAAUGUCUGUCUUGUGGAAAAAGCUUCACUCGUAAAUCUAGUCUUAACACUCACAUGAGAAAACACACAGGUGAGAAGCCUUUUUCCUGUGCAAAUUGUGGCAAAAGUUUUCCUCAAAAAGGUCAUUUGACAGUACACAUGAGAAUUCACACAGGUGAGAAGCCUUUUGAAUGUCUGUCUUGUGGAAAAAGCUUCACUAAUAAAUCUAGUCUUAACACUCACAUGAGAAAACACACAGGUGAGAAGCCUUUUUCCUGUGCAAAUUGUGGCAAAAGUUUUCCUCAAAAAGGUAGUUUGACAGUACACAUGCGAAUUCACACAGGGGAGAAGCCUUUUGAAUGUCUGUCCUGUGGAAAAAGCUUCCGUCAGAAAUCUACUCUUAAUACUCACAUCAGAUUUCAUACAGGUGAGAAGGCUUUUUCCUGUGCAAUUUGUGGCAAAAGUUUUACGCUAAAUAGUCAUUUGACAAACCACAUGAGAAUUCACACAGGUGAGAAGCCUUUUGAAUGUCUGUCCUGUGGAAAAAGCUUCUGUCAGAAAUCUGGUCUUGAUACUCACAUGAGAAUUCAUAAAGGUGAUAAGGCUUUUUCCUGUGCAAUUUGUGGCAAAAGUUUUAUUACAAAUAGUAAUUUGACAUCACAUAUGAGAAUUCAUACAGGUGAGAACUUGAAGCCUUUUGAAUGUCUGUCCUGUGGAAAAAGCUUCACUCUGAAAUCUAUUCUUGAUAGACACAUCAGAAUUCACACAGAUGAGAGGCCUUUUAAAUGUGUUUCCUGUGGAAAAAGCUUCACUCGGAAAUCUCAUCUUGAUGACCACAUGAGAAUUCACACAGGUGAUAAACCUUUUAUCUGCAUGAUUUGCGGCAAACGCUUUACUAGAAAAAAUAGUUUGACCAUUCACAUGUACAGAAUCCACACAGGUGAGAAGCCAUCUCCUGAAUGAUUUGUCACAAAGGUUUUAAGCGAGAAGGUAAUUUGAGUAUUCAGUUGACAUUUAUUAAUGCAUGAUGUGGAAGGGUUUGUAUUUUUUUUAAGUCAUAGGGAAAUCAUAUUUUAAUGUCAAAUCAUUGUUGCUUAAGCAUGUAUGUAAAUGUACUCUUUUAUCAUACGAUAUUGUCCAAAAGAAAAUUUCUGUAAAAAAAAAAAAAAAAAAA